AUGGAUGAAACAUCGAAAACUUCGCAAGCCGUCGAACCUAUCGACCUCACAAUGGACGAGGAUGAUGUCGAUCAACCAGGCGGUGACAUUCUCAUGCUGGAGCCAGAAAUAGUUGUCAAAAAAGAGCCAGAAGUAGCUGUCAAACAAGAGCCGGACUUAUUUAUCAACCCAGACCCUGACACCAGACUGUACGAGGCUCUAGCAGCCGAGCUACUUCCAGACCGACCAAUCUCCAGUACAGGUGGACCGACGCAUGAAGAUGUAACGAUCAUCGACGAAGAUGUGCAAACGAACAAUGAAGAUCUACUAGAAGGCUACUACGAAAAUUCUCGUGCAGAAAGAGCAUCAAGUCCAGAUAACGAGUACCAGGAAGCUCUAGCUGCAUUCGAGCAAAAGCAAAGAGAGGUUGUCACUCAAGAGUCCCUCGGAGUUUUUAAUCCUGCUGACCAUGUCGAGCUCAAAACCCUCGAAAAUGCCUUGGCUCAAUCCAAAGAACGGUGUGACAAUUUAAGAGAAUACGAAAAUCAGCAGAAUGAGGAAGACACGAUGUUUUUCAGCGAUGAGCACGCUACUGAUGAAGAAGACGCUCCGACGACAGGCACUUGCGGCGAUGGUGACAGUGACGCUAAUGAAAGUUCACCUAUGGAAAUAGGAAAAGGAGGUACUAGGAAAGUGGCAGCUAAGGUCAAACCCAAAAAGAACUCGUCAACCAAAGGAACAAACAGGGUAACAAAAAAAGCACAGCCCGGUCGUCAAAGUCGAGUUCAGCCAAGCGCGAAUUUGCUCAAUCUAGGCUCGCUGAUUCGCAACGACCUAGUGGCUGACGCACAGCGAAAUCAGGGUCUCCCUGACCAAAUUGAUUUCGGUCAUGUCAAGACUAAGAAGGACGCCUUGACUGCAUUGGUUGCCAGUAUUCCAAAAGAGCAACAAGAUACGAGAAGUAAUUCGAAAAAGCAGCUCGAUAACGCCUGUAAGGCAUUUAGUCGCAGAGGUCAACGGUCAAUAAAGCCAGUCGCUAGUGGAGACUGGAAACUGAAAGGAAUGGCCUCGCCUCUAAAAAGUUUUCAGCUUCUGUCGACAGCUUGGGCAGUACGUCGGGAGCGUGGGUCGGAUGCACCUUUCGGUGGUAUUCUAGCGGAUACCAUGGGAUAUGGAAAGACUGUUCAGAUGAUUGCCGUCAUGGUCGAAAACGAGCCUAAAUGCAAGCGAGAGACAACGUUGAUUGUGGUACCCGCCAGCCUCGUCUCACAAUGGUACGAAGAGAUCGCAAAGCAUACGGAAGACGGCAUCAUGGAGGAUGUUCAUUUCUACAGAGCAAGCCAUUGUGUACACAUUCGUGAUAUUCCCAAACACCUCGCCAAGUUUCAAGUCGUUAUUGCAACAUACAAUGAGGCAAAGGACCAGUGGUGGGAGCGCCAUUAUGAGGAGAAUCGCGGACCUCUGCUGAGAAUGAGGUUUUAUCGUGUAAUCCUCGACGAAGCCCAUACGAUCAAAAAUCAUGAGUCACGAACUUCAAUAGCCUGUCGUCGUCUAAGUGCUAAACGCAAGUGGGUAAUAACAGGCACGCCACUAUCCAACCGUAUGGAGGAACUGUAUUCGUAUUUCAACUUUCUGGGCGUCAGUGGCAGCACCUCCUUUGCGCAGUUCAGACACAACUAUGCCAAACGUAAUGAUUGCACUAUGCAACGUCUGGACGCGAUUCUGAGGAAGGUAAUGACUCGACGAACUUUGGGCGAUCGGCUUUUCGGAAGACCAUUGACGAAACUACCACGUCUCGAUUAUGAGACCAGAUCAAUACCGUUCAAUGAGGUUGAACAUGGAAUCUACACUAUUGUCCGCCAAAGGUUUAUCAAUCGCAUCAACAGCUGGACUGCCUCUGGUAAGAUCGGCCAGUCCAAACACCAUAUGUUUGUUAUGUUGUUACGGCUGCGACAGAUGUGCGCUCACGUACUUAUGAUCACCAACACAUUCAAAGAUCUUCUUGAGACGGAAGAUCUCGAGAAAAUGUGGAAAUUGGUGGAAAGACACUCGCAGGAGCCGAGCAGCAGUCCUGGCACAAAGACGGCCAUGGUAGUCAAACGGAUCUUGAGAGAAGCCCAGGACGACGAGCAGGAAGCAAACGAUUCCCCAAUGAGCAGCAACAGUGGAGGUAAUCAGUGUGACACAGUCGAUCUGAGUAUCAAUGAUGCUGAGCUUGAUUAUCGAGGUUUGUUCUAUCGUCUGCAACAGGACGGUGCUUGGGACAAGGUACGGAAUCGCAGCACAUGCAGUUGUUGCCAUGAGGUUCCAGAAGAGGAUCGAGGCAAGCUUUCGGUGCCAUGCAGCCAUCUAUACUGCCAACAGUGCUUGGGUAUCCUUCUAAGUUCUGCUGCAGAUAACGGCACUGAGGCCGAAUGUGUUAUAUGUCACGAAGUAAUGACUGGAGCAGCCGAUAUGACGGCCAUGGAACUGAUCGCAGCGAAGGUCAACCACCGAGGUUCACGGAGAACAUCCGAGCCACCAACUGGGAAUGCACCAGGUGAACCGCCUCGAAAAGGCAAAGAAGACCCUGAUAGCAAAUGGCUCUUAAUUCCCAAUUGCGAAACGCUCAGCACCAAAUUGCAGGCAAUCACAGGACAGAUCAAAAGCUGGAUUGAAAAAGACGCCGAUGCAAAAAUUGUGGUCUUUACUCUCUUCAUUCCGAUCGUCAAAUUGCUGAGUAGGGUCUGCGUUAAAGAGAACUGGGGCUACCAGCAAUUUACAGGCAGAAUCUCACCAGAUCAGCGGAUCAAAAACUUGAGAGAUUGGAAAGACGCUACAAAAGGACACCAGAUUCUGCUCACGUCCAUGCGUGCUGGCGGUGAAGGACUUAAUCUAACUGAAGCAUCGUACGUGAUCAUCGCUGAUCCAUGGUGGAACGAACCUGCUGAGGACCAAGCUUUCUCCAGAGUGUACCGAAUUGGCCAGAAACGAGACUGCGUGGUGCGGCGAUUUUUGAUCACGGAUGCCAUCGACACGCAGCUCAUGCUCCAUCUACAGAAGACCAAGGCUCGGGAAUGUGACCGUGUCCUCGAUGGAAGGUCGCAGAACGAAAUGAGUGUUGAAGAACUUCUCAAACUCUUUGGACCGACCAAACGCAAUCCAGAGACAGGUGAAUUAAUUGUAGAAGACGGCGACGGCGUGGACGAGUUCAUUGCAGGAGAUGAUCAUAUCACGACUCACGAUAGCGAUACAGAAGAAAGGGUGCAAGCUCCGGGACGGCCACGAAGCAAGUGA